AUAUCCAUUUUGGAGUAUAUCCUUGUGAAUAAUUAUAAAGGUAGCUAGAUAUUUGGUUGCAAACUAUUGUGCUUCUGUGCAAUGGCUGAUUUUAUGGCUACUGUUCAAACACCACAUUUCCUCCAUGUUUGUUUUCUUAUUUACUGGGAAAAUAGACAAUAGGUCUUUAUAAUUAACAUCUCAAUUAAGAAGAGGGAGGGAAAAGAAAAGGUGCAGAAUCAAACUGUGGCACUAAUGCCUUGCACUGAUGCCAUCUUAACUCUCAGAUUUGGUGUUGCAGUGUCUGUUGCUUUUAAUUAGUAAUUCAACACUUUUUUGCCUUUUAUAAGAUGCUAUGUUAUAAAUGGAGUUACUCUUUAUUUCCCCUAAUCCCUUUCAAAUUAACUUUUCUAGGAACGUGGCUGUUGUAUUUGCCAUGCACAUGGAGUAUAGGCUUGGCAGCAGAGCCAGGCUGUUUUCCAGAUUGGUAUAUGCUGUCGCUGUUUGGUAUUGGAGCGGUCCUGAUGCGUGGAGCAGGCUGUACAAUUAAUGACAUGUGGGAUCAGGAUUAUGACAAAAAGGUUUUAAGAACCGCAAGUCGACCAAUAGCUGUUGGAGAUAUCUCAACCUUUCAGUCCUUUAUUUUUCUUGGGGGACAGCUGAGCUUGGCUUUGUGUGUUCUUCUGUGCCUAAAUUACUAUAGUAUUGCCCUAGGAGCAGCCUCUCUGUCUCUUGUGAUCACUUAUCCCCUGAUGAAGAGAAUCACAUAUUGGCCACAGUUGGUUUUGGGGCUUACAUUUAAUUGGGGAGCCUUACUUGGGUGGUCUGCCAUCAAAGGCUCAUGUGAUUGGUCUGUGUGUUUGCCUCUUUACUUCUCUGGAGUUAUGUGGACCUUGGUAUAUGACACCAUUUACGCACAUCAGGAUAAAAGAGAUGACAUUAUCAUUGGUGUGAAAUCAACAGCACUACGGUUGAAUGAAAACACAAAGCAGUGGCUCAGUGGCUUCAGUGUUGCAAUGCUCAUGGGUCUAAGUGUAGCAGGAAUAAACUGUGAUCAGACUUUCCUCUAUUACACAGCUAUAAUAAUAGAGCAUUGUGCUGUCCUUUCACAGAUUUACACUUUGGACAUACACAAAUCUGAAGACUGUUGGAAGAAGUUUACCUCUAACCGCACAGUAGGACUUCUACUUUUCAUAGGGAUUGUAACUGGAAACUUAUGGAAAAGAAAAAAUCCCAAAGAAAUUAAUGCAAUCAGCAGUGACAGUUAGUCUCUAUGUUUAAUAAAGAUACUGUGCUCAAAAGUAAAGGUACCUUAUCAAUAACUGCUGCUAGUUUUGUUUAACUAAAAUAUUUGGCCAAAGAGUCUGUUUUAAAGCAGACACUUUAGCAAACAGAAUUAUUGUUAGUGUGUGCCUGGUAAAUACAUGGUAAAGACUGAACUACCAGUGGUCUCGACAACUAAGCUUUUAAGCUGCUUGCAAUGACCUUUCGUUUUAAAAUUCGUGUCCUGCCUUUUGCAGGGACUCUUUUGUAAAAUGUUGAAUGCUCUGUGAGCCCUGGCAGUCUGUCAAAAUCACUGUAGGUUUCUCAGAGGUCACGGUUCAUGUGGACAUGUAGUCAUUUUGUAAUGUAAAAUAAAACCUGCUGUAUGA